AUGCCUGAGAUGUCGAUUCUGCGCUCGCUCUCUCGAGCAGAUCUGGCUGGCCCACCAGUGCGCAUGCCACGACCGCUGCUCCUGGGCCGUGGCCCUGAUGGGACCCAUGCCGACAGCGACCAGCAGCGCGAGCCGGGAGCAUCUUGGAUCGUCGACCGGCUCGUCGAGCCCUCCUCCGGCGGCUCACAGCUGUGUCUCACCCGGACACGCUCCUGGCCCUUCGUCUCGUCUCUUCCCACGCGCUGCUGCUGUCUUCAUAUAGAUCGUGAUUCCUUUGCUCUCAUCGGCUUCACUCUGUCGAUCAGGCCGCUCUCUCUGUGUCUUUCUCUCUCCAGGCCGCCUCUGCAGAUCGGUCGUCUGUCCUGUCCAGAUUCGUCCAGUUAUUGUCUCCCCAUCGACCGGUCUCCAGGCUGCGCGACCGGUCUAAAUUUGGUCCAUCCCAGCCCUCAGCUCCUCUUCUUCUCCCCUACCCCCCAACCACAGCUGGUGGUCCCAGCUGCCGAUCGCUCGCCAACAAUUUCCCGUCGUCCUGCAGCUUUUCUGCACGAGCGCCAGAACCAAAUAUUGGGAAGGAGGCACGAAUCAAAACUUUGGGCCAGCCUGGGGUUUGGUAGCGAUCGAUCCGCCGUUAGCCCCCAGCUGCUCCAACCAGACGCCGCUGUCACUUACAAGAAUUAG